AUGUCUGUGUCUCAACUCACUGCUUCUCGCCGAUCCUCUCGGGGAUCCCGCGGCCUCUGCUCUUGCCCUCGCUCUUUCCUCCUCUUCGCCCUCGGUCUCGGCCUGGCGUCUCUGGCGCUGACUCCGCCUGCGGCCGCCUUCCAAGCGGUCAUCGAGCUCGCACCCGGCCAGAAGCGUUGCGUCGGUGAGCAGCUGUCUAGACACGUGCUCGUGGUGGGCGAGUUCCACAUCGCGUAUCCGGCGGCGGCGACGGCGCAAGGCGGGAACAUGCUGGUCGUCGCGGAGGACCCCGUGAGUCACUCCCCGAUCUUCAAGCAACAGGGGAAAGAUCACGUUCGCACGGCGUUCACCACGGCGCUCACCGGCACUCACACGUUCUGCGUGACCAAUACUGGACGCCUGAAGCUCGCUGUGGACUUCAAGAUGGUGUGGGGUCCCGAGGCCAGGGACUACAGCCAGAUCGCGAAGGCUGAGCACCUGGACGAAGUCAUGGUGCAGCUCCUGCGACUCCAAGACCGCCUGAAACUGUACCACGCGAAUGUGCUCUACAUGCGCGAAAAAGAAAGCAAAAUGCGCGAGGCAAGCGACAGUACCGCCAACCGUCUGAUGACUUUCUGCCUCGUCAACAUGAUGCUCCUCGUCCUGGCCGCCCUCGCCUCCGCCUACUACUUCAAACGCUUCUUCCGAUCCAAGAAGAUCAUUUAA